AUGCAGUGUGCCAUCUCGUGUUUAUGCGGGAGUCUUGCACAGGAUGUCAGUCUGGAGCAGUCUACAGAUUAUUCAACCCUGAACCUCUGCCACUGCACCGCCUGUCGCACGACGACAGGCAUGCUGUGCUCUAUAUACCAUCCCCUACAAGCAAGGCCACCGAACUUGGACGGCAUGCGCGAGUACCAGCAGUCCGAGGAUAUAGUUCGGUAUUUCUGUAAAACCUGCGGCGCCCAUGCCUUGGCAUAUUCGAGGCCUUCGGAACGAUAUUUCGUGGCAGCCGGGUUGCUGGUGGAUAAUGCGAACUCGCCUCGGACUCGAUCGGUGCGGCAUUGGCGGGCUUCUGAAACGCGUGAUGGUGGCCUGGCUUCUUUCCUCAAGGGGGAGCCUGCAACCAUGGCCGCAACAUGCUGGCUUCGUGCUUAUUCCAAUAGUGAUAGUGAUAGAAGCUGCUCGGAGGCGAAGGCGGAUAUCGAGCGCUCGCCGCAGGACUCCAUGGAACUGCGAGGGCAGUGUCACUGCGCAGGUAUCGAAUUCUACGUUACUCGACCGGACGCUUCCUCCACAGAGGCAAGCUCUCCAUGGUCGGAUCUACUUGUUCCGUACUAUGCCAAUUCAUCGGAAAACCCUGCCGAUGUGAAGUGGUGGCUACGAAAUGCGAACACCAGGUAUCUAGCUGGGACCUGCGCCUGUCCGUCCUGUCGUCUAGCCAGCGGGUGUCCAAUCCAACCAUGGGCGUUCAUCCCAAAGGCCAAUCUUCUCGAUGCCCGCAAAGCACCGUUCAAAUUCGGUGCAGGCACCAUGCAGCGGUUUGAAAGUAGUCCGGGCGUUUAUCGGGAGUUUUGCAGCCGCUGCGGAGCCUCAGUCUUCUGGCAUAGCGAUGAAAGACCCUUGUUGAUGGAUGUCAGCGUCGGAUUGCUUGAUGCAGAUGAGGGGUCGCGAGCAAGCCAAUGGCUAGAGUGGGCGACCUCGAGAGUUAGUUUUGCUGAGAUGGCUUUGGACAAGACUUUGAUCGACCGGCUACAGACAGGUCUUAGACAGUGCGGACUCGGAAAUGAAUAG